ACCCCUUUAAGCAUUAAGCCAGAGAACAUCCAACCAAAGGGCAGAGCUGAAGUAUCUGAUACAAGGUGCAUACCUGUGCUCUGGAUCUGUCAUUUUAGGUUUGAGCACAACCAAGAAGUGGAAAAUGUUCCUCCAGGUUUACCUCAUCUCCAUUGCUGUGACUGCUGUUAGCAGUCAGGCAAUUCCCAAUUGUGCAGGCUUCCUCAGAUUACCAGACAACAGUGACAUCUCUGUUGAUUGUGGCACAAGCUACAUUAAUCUAUCCAUACAAAUCUGCCCAGCUAUCUAUGCCGGCUACAACGAGUCAUCACUUUUUAUCAAUGGCAUUACUAAUGACCCCAGUUGCAAAGGCACCUUGGACAAUACCGUCGUUCCUCCUGUGGUACGCUUCACCUUUCCAAUGGGUGCAAACAACAGCUGUGGCAGCAACCUCAAUACUAUUAGUGCUCCAGGCACCGGAAUAUUCUCAGACUUUUCCAACAUUCAGUCACUAAACCUCAGUGGCCUGGUGCGAUCAGUUGACACCUCAGCAAGUGUGGUAACCUACAACACUGACCUGAAGUACUUUUACUCUUGUGCCUAUCCUCUGGAGUACAUGAUCAACAACACACGACUUGAUGUGUCAUCUUCUGCCAUUGCAGUGAAGGACAAAAAUGGCAGCUUCAUCAGCACUCUCAGCCUCAAGCUGUACAGUGAUGCAAACUAUACCACACCUCUUCUAGUUCCCACUCAGGGGAUUCAACUGAAGUCAAAUGUGUUUGUUCUGGUUCAAGCCACCGGCCUCACUUCUCAGUACUACGUGCUGUUGGACAGGUGCUAUGCUUCUGUGUCCCGUAACCCAUCCAACUCUACCUUCUAUAAUCUAUUUGUGGGGUGUGUCAAGGAUCAGAUGACCAACAUCACUGAGAAUGGUAUAAGUCAAAAUGCUCGCUUUUACUUCCCGGCCUUCCGAUUUACAGAGCAACAAAACCUAACUAUCUCUAGCUACUAUCUGCACUGCAUCACACGACUGUGUGAGAGCUCUGCCUGUGUUAACUUUAGGACAUGUUCUUCAGGCAGAAGGAGAAGAGAGGUGCAGCCUACUGUUUUACCUCAAGAUGGAAUCACAGACUCCACUACUCUCACCUCACCCCUCAUCAUUACCAGACCUGCCAUCAACACAGCUUCAGGAACAAAAGAGCAAGCUGUAUCAACCAGUAAGGUUGGUUCAGACUCCUCUGUAGGCCUGGGUGUGGCAGUGGGCAUACUGGCGUUUGGCUGUGUUGGAAUUAUUAUUGUAGCUGCAAUAUUCUACAAGAAGCUCAUUAUUUCUGGCGCCUCCAAAAUCCUUCAUUAAGUGGACUGAAGUGACCUUCCUCCAGAACAAUAACUGUAGCUUCUGUUAUUCAUACUCACAUUUAGAUGGGCAAAAAUGUCUUUGGUUUCUAUAAUAUGAGUUUCAUUCAUUGUUUGAGAUUCGGAGAAAAGAAAAAUAACUCUGCAUAAUGGAUGUGGCAUAGCACUAAGUCGUUGCAAGUAACACUGUGUUAUUUAUUGAAACAAAGCUACUUUGUAAAAAGUAUGGACCAUGCCUAAUAAAAUAACACAUUAUAAAACCCACAUAUAAAUAUAAAUCAAUGCUAUGUGAAGGGAUUUUUCCAAGAAAUAAUAUUGUUUCUGACAUAUUAUAUAAAACGCACUUGCACAUUGUAAAGGAUCUUUAUUAUGUUUCUAAUUAUACA